AUGGCAACCAUCGGGGACUUCGAUCCACUCAACACGAGAGUCCCCGCAACUAAAAUAGAAGUUACCGUCUCCUGCCGGAGUCUUCUGGAUGUGGACACAUUCUCUAAAUCUGAUCCUGUGGUUGUUCUGUAUUUGCAGGCUGUAGGAACCAAAGAAUGGAGGGAGUCUGGCCGGACAGAAGUGAUCGAUAACACCCGGAAUCCAGAUUUUGUCAGGAAGUUUGUCUUGGAUUUCUUCUUUGAAGAAAAACAAAAUCUCAGGUUUGAUGUGUACAAGGUGGACUCCAGAAGCUGCAACAUUUCCAAACACGUAAGUCUACAUCAAUUGACAGAUUUUUUGGGUCAGACGUUUUGCACCCUUGGAGAAAUCAUUGGCUCCACAGGAGGGCGGCUGGAGAGGACUCUCUCUGGAAUUCCCGGAAAGAAGUGUGGGGUCAUUAUCUUAACUGCUGAGGAGCUCAGCAACUGCAGGGAUAUUGCGACCAUGCAGUUGUGUGCCAACAAGCUGGAUAAGAAAGACUUUUUUGGCAAGUCGGAUCCCUUCCUGGUUUUCUACCGCAGCAACGAAGAUGGAACGUUCACCAUCUGUCAUAAAACAGAAGUGAUCAAGAACACGCUGAACCCGGUGUGGCAGCCCUUCACCAUUCCUGUUAGAGCUCUGUGCAAUGGCGACUAUGACAGGACUGUAAAAAUCGAUGUCUAUGACUGGGAUCGAGAUGGAAGCCAUGACUUCAUUGGCGAGUUCACCACCAGCUACAGAGAGCUGUCUCGGGGACAGAACCAGUUCAACGUCUAUGAGGUUAUAAAUCCCAAGAAGAAGGGCAAAAAGAAGAAGUAUGUCAAUUCAGGAACGGUAACUCUGCUGUCCUUCAAAGUGGAGUCGGAGUACACCUUUGUGGAUUUCAUCCGUGGAGGGACACAGCUGAACUUCACAGUUGCCAUAGACUUUACGGCAUCAAAUGGUAAUCCAUCUCAGCCCACCUCGCUCCACUAUAUGAGUCCCUACCAGAUGAAUGCAUAUGCCAUGGCCCUAAAAGCAGUGGGUGAGAUUAUCCAGGACUAUGACAGUGACAAACUCUUUCCUGCCUAUGGCUUUGGUGCCAAGCUGCCCCCUGAUGGCAAAAUCUCCCACGCAUUCCCACUGGGUGGUGACACCGAUAAUCCAAACUGCGUGGGCAUCGACGGCGUCAUGGAGGCCUACUUCCAAAGCCUAAGAACUGUGCAGCUGUAUGGACCUACCAACUUUGCACCUGUUAUCAACAAAGUGGCAAACUGUGCUUCAGAGAUAACAGAUGGCUCGCAGUACUUUGUCCUGUUGAUGAUCACAGAUGGAGUCAUAUCUGACAUGGUCCAAACCAAAGAGGCCGUGGUCAACGCUGCAUCACUUCCACUGUCGAUAAUCAUUGUAGGUGUUGGACCUGCUGAGUUUGAUGCAAUGGAAGAGCUGGAUGGAGAUGAGGUGAGAGUAUCCUCCAGAGGGCGCCUCGCUGAAAGAGACAUUGUGCAGUUUGUUCCAUUCCGAGACUACGUGGACCGAUCCGGAAACCAAGUCCUCAGUAUGGCACGUUUGGCUAAGGACGUCCUCGCCGAGAUUCCCGACCAGCUGCUUUCCUUCAUGAAGAGUCGAGGAAUUGAACCACGGCCGGGAAUCUCUUCUUCGCCACUUCCAUAAAACGCACCAAGCCAUUUCACCCUUCUGCGCCUCUGUUCACCCAAAACUCUGUCCUCCUUUUUGACUCAUCGUCACCACAAACAGCAGCGAACUCAAUUUGGAUUCCAAAAGUGAAAAGACGCAUCAUCUCUUUUCACCAGUCAAGUUCAACUUCAGCAAAACACUAAAACCAAGUCCAAAUGUGUAUUCCAAAGCUCACACCAACAACAGCUUGGCAUUGUAGUGAUUCCUAAUCAUAAGUCCAAUUAUAGACAAUAAAAGCACUGACAAUGAAGUCUUGGCAUUGCCUCAACGCAUUUGGUCUCAGAUGCUUAGAUCCACUAGAGAGUGUAUUUCUCUGGUUUAAUAUGUUCUCCCGAACUAUAUUACUGUCCUCAAUUCACUUGUUUCUUUAAUCUUUUCAAUUUUGGCAGGAAUGGCAAUGCCUAAUUUUACAAUCUUAAUUUAGAAAAAUCGAAAGAAAUGAAUAACUUGUUGCAAGGCAUGCAGGCUGAUCCGAUUGUAUCUUCAUUCUUAACAGAGAAGACUUUUCCACGCACAGGUUGAUAUUGCCACCGCCGCCCAUCUUUCUUCUCACAGCGUGAAAUGAUGCUGGGUGCAGAUUUGCCCUCCUGCUGUUUGAGAAAUGCCAGUCUCCCUUGCUGGCCGCCCUGCAGAGAGGACGAUGGGGAAGUGGAGGGAGUGAAGAAAUGAAAAGUGAGGCCGCUUCAAGAGACCAAGGAAUGGAGUGUGGAUGACAAAAAAGGAAGAUCCACUCACAUUAGCUUGAUGGCUGAAAUGAAAAUGGAGGAUGAAGCCUGACGUCAAUGCAGGAUGACAAAAGCCACACAUUAUCUGAUGGGCAUUGUAUGCAUUUUAUUUUUUUUUUGGGGGGGGGGGACACGCCCUCAUGAUUAAGUGAACAUUGUUUGGCAAGCAAUAGACUUAAUCCUGAGUGUAAUGUUUGCCCUAUGCAUGCCCCCCCCCCUUACUCUUUCUCCCGCCCAGUCACGACUUGACUGGCUGUGAGAAACUGAGCUGUGAGUAAAGGUCGCCCCCUUGUGGCCAUCAUUUGUACAAACAACUAUUUACAUUAUGCAUGAAAGCUAUCGUCUUCAUCCACAGUACUUAUAAUAAUAGCUAUGAAAUGACUUAAUAAUAGUCUAAUUCAUUCAUAUGGUGUAUUUUUUAAUAUAUGGUUUUCAUUGUGAAGAUUGUGACUUAACAGGUUGCUGUAAACAUUUGUGCAAGUAUGUGGAUCCAUUUUAUAACCUUGUUAUUAUGGUGAUACAAGAUAAACCUUGUCCUUAAGUCCCUUGCAUGUUGGCGGAUGAAUGUCCAAGUGCUCAAAAUAGUCUGAUCACUGCAACUCAAUAGAUUGGUGAUAUUCACUAAGCAGCCACAACUUUAGGUAAACCGUCAAAAUUCACCAUUGCAAGAGUUUGUGGGGCAGGGGGGCGACAUGUCACAAUGAAAAUAACUAUGAAUUUAAAUUUUUAUAUUAUGGUGAUUUGGACUGGUGUAGAGCUUUACCACAUCAUAGUGAGAAAUAUUUCUAAUAUUUUGCUUAUGAUACUCGUUCAACAAAACAUUACAAAGAGUGACUGUGUACUUACUAUUGUGGCUUUAGGUGGAUGUUUGACUAUUUAAAUAUAACUUGAUGAUCAUGUACUGUGUGCAUUGUCUUGGAUAGACCAAGAAAAAAAAUUGGAUUGGCAUGUAGAUAGUGUAAAGUAAUAAAUCCUCAGCAAGACACUGGCUCAUUUGAGUAAAGCAUUCUGACGAAGAGUUCAAGCCCGUGGGCUUCUUUAACAAAAGGAUGUUUUGGUCUGUCUCUCAUGAUUGUCUUAUGCAAGUGUAGAAAUGUCCAUAUACAGCACUCAGAUUUAGUGUACAGAAAAUAAAGUUUGAAUUCAUGAUACAAUACAAUACAUGAUACAAAUCACUAGUUUUACACUAGACACUUGGUAGGGAUGGAUGCAACUUUUAUAUUUUGUCUAAUGGUCAGUGUCUAUUGUAUUUUGAUGUAAUAAAUGU